GCAAGUAUCGAUACUUGUGAAAUAAAUAAAAGGUAUUUUCUAUCUAAGACGAAACGGUCACACUUUUCAUUCAAUCGCAUAUUUUCCCGCAAUUUUUCGUUUUUGUUAUUGAUUGUUGUUAUAGUUAAAAAGUAUAUUAUUAAUUGAUUGUGCAUUAAUAUGACUACGUUCUUGGAUCUACUGGCCAAGGGUGAAGUGAAAAUGGAAAAGUGCGGCGAUGUGGUAGUUUCACCACAGGAUAAUAUGAUAGGCUUGUUUUGUCAUUUUUGCUGUGACAUCUUUACAAAUCUGACGGAAUUUAUGAAUCACUUGCAAUGGAUGCAUAAUAAUAUGAUUGCCUUCACAAAAGAGCAUAAUGUGUACACUGUGGAAGAGCUUAUGGCGCUAGAAGAUCCGCCCAGUCAACAGGAUGCGGAUGAUAUAUCCCAAGCGAAUAGCAGUCGCAGCAGCGAUUCGGGUGUCGCUGUAGGGGAUGCAACACCAGCGCAGCAGCAAUUAGAUUGCUUAUCGUAUAAUAUAAUAAAUUCUUUAUCGGCCUAUGAUGUUGAAUUUGACAAAAGCAUUGUCAAGAGCGUGGAAAACUGGCAAACCACUGUUAAUGAUGAGUUGCCCGAAAAGCCGAAAAGAAAUGUGCUAGCUGAAGUGGAAGCAAUGCUGUUUGAUGAAGAGACAAAUAUACAACAGGAAACUGCUGUGGAUCAUUCAACGGAAUUGCAGCAAAUAUUGCAAUCUGCUGGUGUGCAAGUCACUAGCCAGGAGUCGCAAGUGGAACCAGAGCAGCCAAAAAGGACCAGCGAAAGUAUAGUGGCUCAGCCUAUUUUAACUGAGGAGCCAAGUCGAUGCCACAAUAACAAUGUAAAUUGCACAGGAAAAGAAAUCGAGGACCUAAACGCGCCGGGUCAAAGUCGUAUGCGUACAACGGCAAAAGGAAACUUAGGCAAAGCACACACCAUUUGCGAUCUUAAAAGUUAUACCAUUGCUCGCUCUGCUCGCAAACGUGAACAGCAGCAACGUCUUGGUCACAUUAAGAAGCGCAUUUUCCGCUCGCUUAAGAGUAAGCCAGUAAAGCCGAUGCGCUUGCCAUUUAGCGAAAUUAAGAUGGAGCAAAUUAUGAAGCAAUUUAAUCUAAUACCUAAACAGAAUUUUACAACUAAGAAGUUGACUGAAAAUCAAGCAGAGUUGAAAUUAAAUGCUAAUCAAGAAAUUCUGCAGCCCACUGUCAAAGUAAAUAACUUAAAAACGUCACCAAACCCCUCUUCAAAUUUUGAAAUAAUGUCAGCGCAAAAGGACAAAGUAAAUGCAUUAACCAAACCAAAAAUAAUUAAAAAUAUGCUCAGCACAGAGGAAAAAUGCAAGCCAAAAAACAUCAGUUCAGUUAAAAUUGCAACUAAUGCAAUACUGAUUGAAAGAGUUAAAGAGCCAACAAAGAGUGUUGAAAAAAACGAAAUAAACAGACAAACAGUCAAAAAACCCAUAGAAAUUACAAAAAUAGAGAAUUUACCAAACAUAAAUUUCGUAAAGCCAAAUCAAAGCGCAGCUGGAGCUGCCAAAAAGCCUGUAGAAAGACCAACACUUACUGGCUUUAUAAAUCAGUUAACAAAUGUUAAGGAGCCAUAUACAAAACGGAAAUCAACAACUAGCAUUACUGCAGAUUCAACUAUAAAGUCAACUGAUGGCAAACGCGCAAAAACGGAAACAAACACAUCGCUCAGCUUUGAUUUGUCUGAAAGUGUUGUUGAGUUUCUACAGAGUGAUCUGAAGACUUCGCAAUUGGAUGCAGAUAGCUUGCUGGAACUGGCGGAACCGAAUGAGCAGCGCAACAGCGAUCCAUUUGAUAGCAUUAUCAAGCAAGUUGCAGUUGAGCAAAAGUCAAAAGAUGUGCCGAAGCAAGAAGCAAGCAAAACAAAGGAGACACAAGAGUAUAAUGAAAAUGUAGCUGCUAAUCAAAUGCGGCCUGAUGAAACACUGCUGCCAUUGGUUGGUCUUUCUAUAUUAGUGGAUGACAGCUUUGAGGAAAAGGCAACUAUAGAAAGUAGCGAUGCUAUGCGCUUGAAGGCUUCGAAAUUCAGCAAAAUGCUCAAGCUCCAUGAUAUGGUGUGGAAUCCAAAGAAGGUUAAUGCACAGGGUACACAUAAGAUCUGGAAGGAGUUUAACAUGCUUACAACAAUUGCAAACGCUGAGUUUAAAGCCAGCUUUACAAUUGCUGAAACAAAGCGCAUUGUGAAUUUAAUAAACUCUUGGCAUGCGCAGCAAAUUGAGUUAAAAUUCUUCAAGAAGAUGCCCCUGUCUACAGGCACUGAGCAUUAUCUGCGCCUCUUUGGCUUCUUUCCAAAAAUAAAUCGCAGCCUAUACUACUGUGAAUGGUGCGAUAAGACCGCUGUUAACAAUUUGCGAUACGAGAAGCAUAGACUUAUACAUAUGAAACCGAAUAUUUCGUGUCCGCAUUGCGAGCGUUACUUUAAAAAACGCGGUUACUUCAUAAACCACUUGCGGGCGAUACAUGGUGAAGAAUUUAAUGUUAUGGUUCAUAACGUGCCAUAAGUUUUGCAGUCUUUAUACAUUUUAUAAUAGACUGAAUAACUUUAAAUUGAUUUAAA